UUCAUUAAAGCUAAAGAAACCUCGAUAUCAAAAGGAUUACAGUGACAUAAAGGAAAACUGGAAUAAUUUGGUGGAUUUAAUAGUCAUGGUCAAUGGUACUAAAUGAAUCCUGGCUUUGACCCUCAAGAGUAGCCUCAUCAAUAAUUCAGUGCCAUUUCGCAUGGACUACCCUGAAUAACAAAUACAAACCAGGCAGCAAUAAAGUUAUAAUUUUCCCAUUCGCGCCAAAACACGCGAAUGAAUCACGGCAUUCUAAGUGCAUCAUCAUCAUCAUCGGCAACACGAAGUCUCGUACUCAGCACCAAACCCUGGGACGGCAUGAGGACCGGAAGUGAACCGAACAACAACAACACCUACGGCGAUGGCAAGUUUGUAAACAAGGAGGUGGUGGCCCGGUGGCGGGUUCCGAUGCAUGGCCAGAUUUACGAGAUCGAGUUCGAGCAUGGAACGGCCAGCGGCAAGCGGGUGCUGUGGAUUGAUAAGCAGGAGAUUUUCCGGCGGGAUUGGAUGUUCAAGCUGGUUGGAGAGGACAUGUUCCGGUUGGAGGAUAAACGGUGCAUUAUAAGGGUUGAUCCUCUCCUAGGCUUCAAGUACAGCUACUCGCUGUAUGUGGACGGGAAAUCGUACGAGCAGUUCACCGAAUCACAGGCCAAAGCCCUCAAAACCUGGGAGGUCAACUUGGGGGACAACUUUUACCGAAUUGUUUUGGAAAAGAACACCCUCAACAUCUACGUUAAUGGAAAACUCAUUGAGGAAAAUGGUGAGUUCGUAGAUGGCGGCACCGACACGACCUUCAUCGAGGACGGCAACCGGUUCGUGCUGAGUGCCCGAACCAGCGGCAACAAGCGCCAGGGGAUAGUUCACGCGCUGGCCGUGAAUGGCGUGCCGGUGCAGGACGGUUCCGGCGGCGGCGGCAGCAGUGUUGCCAGCACCGAGGAUUGCGACGACGCUGGCGAUGGCGAGUGGAUCUCGGGAGUGGCGUGAAAUCAAUUGGUUUUAAGGGUUUGUUUGCGGUAAAAGUGAUUUUUUAAGUGCUGUUUAAUUGUACUGUUUACGAAAGUGAUUUCUGUUGAAUGCAAAAAAGUUGUAGAAUAAAAGUUCAAGUUAUUUCACUUA